AUGAAGCUUCCGCAGCCAAACGUCAUUCAACUCGCUCUUGCGCUUGUGAAGCCACAACAGAAGUACCACAACAGAAGGACCACAGCUUUCUCAACGCUGCUCGAUACAUUCACUACACAACUGUUCGCUUCUCACCGAGAUGUGCACGGCAAUAAAACGCCGGCUAUGACUCGUCAAAUUCUUGAACGCAGACGCACCAUUCCUGAUCUCCGAAACUCACCUCCCCUUCCUAAGCAGCACGGCUUCGAAAAGAUGGAUUCCACAAAUACCGCUUGCAAGCGAAAUGGGAGCCACAGCCAAACACUGGACUCUUCAAAGAAUUCAUCCGCGACUCUCAAGCUCCACGAGCUCCCAGAAGAACUCCUUCAAGACAUGCUCGAAUACCUCGACCGCGCCGCACUAAAGCAUCUCAGCCUUACGUCAAAAUGGUGCUACGACAAGGCCGUUCCGUAUCUCUGGCGCGAAGUCGAUCUCGUAGAUUGCAAAGGUCCUGAUCGUUUUUCGGGCUACCGUGACGUUGUGGAACAACCGCGCCACGACGAUCACGACGAUACACCCCUCAUCAAGAAACUUUUCCUGCUUGCCACGAAGCCGAAGCUUGCGGAACAUGUGCAAGUCCUGACGCAUCGAUGUCAUAUGCCACCUCCAGCGAUCUUUCAUGAGUUGCCGAAGAUGUCCUUUUCGGGCAUGACAUUGUCGUCGGAUCCGAGGACGAUUGCAUUGUGCAAGAUGGCGGUAGCGAAUAUGACGAAGGUACAUACUCUGAGGAUUAUUCUGGGACAUGCAAAUCUGGUAGAUGCGCUGUUGAGAUGUUUCUUCGACGAGGAUAGGGCGAAGAAGGAAGGGGUGGUCAGCGUGAGGAGGUUAUGGUUGGAGAACUGCAGGAUUUCCGCCGGCUUGAACUUGCAGAUGGAUCCGAGAGUGGGCAAUCCUUUCGAGUUGCCGACAAGGUUGACUUUCGAAGGUUUGGAGAGUGUGCGGUUGAGGAGGUUGCCAUUUCGACCCGUUAGUUCUGCAGAGCUGUCGGUGGCGAAACAUCUGGUAUAUGCAAGGCACUCGUCAACACGGCCGCUCCAAGAUGGUGUAGGUGGGAGAUUCGAGGCGAGUACGAGUACUGUGGUUUCCGAGCUCAGAGCGGGACAGGAAUACCACAGGCGCAUGGAAGAGCUUGCGGUCCUCGAAGAGGCAGUACCUGGGAGCAUCCUUGAGGAUGAGUUGCAGGUUGACGACAAGUGUCCGCUGGCCCAGAUGUUUGAAUCGGCGCAUAAAUACGAUGAACAGGAGUAUGAAGCGCUUGAGGCAUCAAUCGAGCUGCCUGAGCAGAUUCGCAAUCUCGGCAAACUGACCCGACGAGAACGAGCCGUCAUGGCAUAUCGAGGAGUUGCGUUGGACGUAUCCUUGGACGCGGAAAUGGCAUUGUCGAUGCCGCAGCCUCUGCUGAACAUGCAACGGGAAACGGUGACAUCUGCAGAUACCGCCAUGUUGAUGCUCAAGAACGCGAGCGAUACCCUGACCUCAAUCAAUCUCGACUGGAUAAUGGGUUCUGAUCAUCGGACAGCUUAUAUGGGAGGUUCUGGUCGGGCAUAUCAACAGUGGGUCGGGAUGUUUCGCAUAUUCUUCGAACUUCGGUUUCCAAAUCUGAGAUCACUUCAGCUUCGCAAUUGCGUGGUCGCGGGAACAACAAUCCCGUGGGAUAUCCUUCUACUUGACUCGAGCCCGGAAUUCUCGGAGCAGCGACCUACGAAUGGGCAGGCUGCUGUUCAGGAUGGGAGCUCACCCACGUUUGCUCCUCUAGCUUUCAUGGAAGCACACCCGGAGAUCAGAUGCCUGGCAUGGCCGAUGAGCAAUUUUUUCUCAGACAAGCCCUCGACAAGCAUCAGACGCCGAGUUGACGUUGUUAUGGACAAUCUGGCACGAAACUUGGUGGACUUAAGGGUCGACACAAAAUACAGCGAACAUGGAGAACCUUACACCGACGACGACGACUUGGAGUACAGUAUCUAUCGCGAGCGACGGAGGCGCUUCAUUUCGGAAUUAGUUCCAAAAUUGAGGAGGCUGGAGAGUAUCAAGAUUGAAGGCGGCAUGCCUCGCGACGAGAGGAGAGAAAUCCUUCGCGCUCUGCAUGCAUGUCCUUUACAGAAGAUCGUGACCAUAGGAAUCUGCAGUCCCCUUGGCAACACUUGGGGUCGCGAUGGCGCCGACGUGAUUGGUUUGGUAGACCAACACGACCGUGCGAAUAUGGAAGCGGAAGACAAGUCAACUGUCAACGCACUCGGUGGUAGCAGACUCCACUCUCCCGAUCCCGACACCUUCACUUUCCAGCCAAUAUACAGAUGGGAUGGCCAGCCUCCCAUGCUCCACACGAUCGCAUCCUACCACGCGCGCACAGUUCGCGAGCUCAAGUUUUGCGGCUGGAAGGGCGCUCCGCUCCUCCUGAAUCCGCCACCCAUCACGACUCCGCUCCUCUCUUCUCUCAGACACUUCCACAAACUUGAAAACAUCCACAUUAGCAUCUGGCUUCCCACCCACUUCGAAGGCGCUCCUCGUGACAGCGAAAUUAUAUCCUACUGGACCGAUACCAGAUCACCGGAAUCAACCGCUCUCACGCUGGUCGCGGCUGAGGAGCUUGAGGCGGGAUGGGAAAAGGAACUUCGCACAAAGUAUGCGCCGAAUGCCUUAGCCUGGCGAGUUACGAACAUGCUCGGAAAGUUCCUGAGUGAGGAGGUGAAAAUGAGAAAAGGAGGUGUCAAAGUAAGAGCGAGUUUUAGUGUAGGUGACUGGGGUGGGAUAUUCGAUCUCGAUGUGAGAGUUGGGAAGGGCUCAUUGGGCAGUGACAUUUGCUUGGGCUUUGAGGGGCCUAGAGAGGAGUUGGAGGAGAAGAGGAGAAGGGAGAAGUUGGAUAACAGGAGAUGGUUCUAG